AUAAGAAAAAAUCAUUUGAAAGAAAAACACGUCAUCUUGAUGAAAUUAAUAAUCAUCAAAUGUUCCGCAAGCUCUUUCAAAAUUUAAACGGAAUACUGUACAAAACAUUUGAUGAUUAUUUAUUGAAAAUGCUAAUGGUUGAUAGAUAUAUGAUAUACACAGUACCUGGCCAUAGGUUUGUGAGUCUCAGAGGGGUAUUUUCGCUUGAGGAAUACAUCUUCAAUUUAUCAGAUUUUCAGGCAGAUCGUGACGGCGCAUUUCGCGGGAUUAAUGUUGAACAAGGGACACCUUGAAGAAGGAAACCAUUCUACAAGACAUUAAGUUUUUAUGUAUGUCUGCUUUUAUAAUUGGUUUUUCGCUGAGAUUUUAAAUCAAUACAUAACUUUUUUUAAUAAUGCCUACACGGGGCUUUCUAUUCACGCUACAGACCGUUUAUCAUGGAUGACUUAGAAGCAGUUACAAAAUUGAAAGAUAUAAUGCAUUCAGGAAUUGAUUUCUGUCCAAAAGACUGCGAAUCUUUUAAAAUAAUUUAGUUUAUAGGGCGCUUAUUGUCAGAUAUUGUCUGAAUGUGGAUUCAGAGGAGCUGGACACUAUCUCUAAACAGUGGGAUAAAAACCUUUUCUUGAGAAAUCUAACUUUAAAAACUUUUCAAGAUAAAUAAGGUCACUCCAAGGUAGUUUUAAUACAGAUGAAUUAUUUCUUUUCUUCCAUAAAAUCUUUUGGAGAUUAAUCGCGAACACCGUCAUGAGGCAUCGGGGCUCUUAAAAAAGUCGUCGGAAUUUAACAUUAAUGGAAUGUUUCUAGUGGACACAAAAUUCAUUCGUUCACCUCAAAGUAAUAUUCUAACGAUCGAAUAGACAGUUUCUGUAUAAAUACAUUUACAAUAUAAAUAGACUAUUUAAGAAAUUGAAAAUAAAAACUUCAUAAAAUGUAGAGCAUAAACUGAAAAUAUAUUGAAGUUUGUUGUACUCCAAUUAAAACUAUAUACAUUGUAUUGAUAAAUAUUCUGAAUUACAAAAUGAAACAUUUUGCCGGGUACGUGUUUAUUCUGUGAAUUUGUAAGCAGUUUGUCUAACAAAUUAAACAAAUGUUCGGGGGAAAACAACGCACUUGAGAAACAUAAGUAUUUUAUUUAUACCUACAAAAGACACGCACGAAUAUAUUGACAGGUGUGUAGACAAACUUUACAUUCUGUGUCAAUGCAUACAAUUUUCUGAUUCUAUAUACUUAAAUCUACGUAAGAAGAGAACCAAAAAGGAGAAAAACAGGAGCUGACACUAUUUACAGUUCAAUAUAAGAAGUUUUUGAUCGUUUAAAUGCCAUUUAUGGUUUGUAUUUUUUGGCUAUGAAUGGGAAACAGAUAAUUUAUGUGUUAUUAAAAUAUCAAAUUCACACAAAAUUCCGAGAUCGCCGGGCAAUAAUCCUUUUAUUUGAUGAGAAAUCCUUAACUUAUUGUAGCAGAAACUUAAAUACAUGCUUCAACGUGUUUUGUCAUUUUAAGGUUGGAAAAAGAAUUCGAGAUGCAUUAGUUGUUUUUAUUUUCGUGUCAACAACGCAUUACAAGCCCCUGCUCUGGUUCAUUAGACGGGUAAUUAUACGGGUGGCAGUUGGUUGAUUUGAUCCACCGUUAUUUACAAAGCGCUUUUCCUUGUUACAUUUAUACACGUGGAACUACUUUCUGUAAAUUUGGUACUCAUAGUGCUGAGGAACUUACAUCUUUUAAUUAACAUCCAUACCACACGUAUCAUUACUCACUGACUGAAAAAAAACCCACCCCGAUGGAUACCGGACGGCUAGGAGAAGUCCGGCGUCAUGAAAACAGCAACAGGAAAUUUAUGUGUAUUCUGAAUCACAUGGUGAAAUCGAGAUGGGAGACCAUGAACGAUAGUUUGUCGAGGGAAAGGAACGAGAUGGACGUCAAGUUGGAAAAAGCCGGAACUCUAUGGCGCCGGAAAUACGUCCAACAACGAGUUUUGCAGCAGUGCUUAAAAAUGAGAAAAACGACUUUGGCGAAUAGCAGCACCGCCCGGCUGUACGGUUCAUAUGGUGGAAAACCAUUGUACGCAUAUUCUAGAGACAUUGAAAGGUUUAUUACAGACAAUCAUCCGAAGAAACGGCGACAACGGAAGGUGAAGAGGGCGCUUUUGGAAAGUAUAGAGCGCGGUAAAAUCAUAGAUCCAAAGGAACUUCCGGGUAGAGUGGAUAAAUACUUCAGCGUUUGGAAGGAGAAGGAAGAAUCUUCAAAACCCUCCAGUAAAUUAUUGGACUUUGAAACUGGAGGUAAGACUUUCAAAAAUACUGUGAUUCCUCCAAUUAGGGGACUUGUCAACAACUUCCACAAAUUCACUCUGGAUGAUUCUGAAGAGGACAGUGCUCAAAAGCAAGAGAAUAAGGGAGAUAAUUCAGAUGUGAUCUUAAUCAAAACAGACAACAACGACUCAAACAAUUCAGAAGACAACAGAACCGACAGCCGGAGAGUACUGAAACUGCCGCCCGUUCAAACGUCCAAAGCCAUGGUGGCAAUGUCUCGGGCGUAGAGAACGGAAGUAAUCUGUAGUGUGAUGUCGCGGAAAGUGGAAGCAAUCUGAAAGGUGAAGACGUAGAGAGCGGAAGUAAUCUGUGGUGUGAUAACGUAGAGAGCGGAAGUAAGAUGUGAUAACAUUUAGAUUGACUUCAGAAAUUCUCAGACGUUGUACUAGGAAGUAAUCGAUGAUGGCAUGACAUUAAAUGAAUACAGUAUAAAAGUUUAUAUGUUUGUUUACGUUAUGUCUUAUAUCAAAGCGGUUUACAUUAAUUGAUCUAUAAAACUCAAUGCAUGAUUAAGUUCUCAGACGUCAAUAAAAUAACCAAAAUUCA